GGGUGUUGUGGGCAGGAAGCGGAAGCACUGAGUAACCCCUAGCUGCAGUCGAGAGCGCGAGAGCUCACUUCUCACUCAACACAGCCCGAGCUGGAGGUGGGCACCCAGUGCUGAGAGGCCCACGGACCAUGGACCUGCCCUGUGCCCUAGGGCUCUGGACACUGCUGGCCCUGCCGGGGACCCUGGGCUCAGAUGGAGGUGCCAAGGACAGCGGCGGCUCCAACUCAGUCACUGUUGUCCUGCUGCUGCUGCUGCUCCUGCUGCUGGUCACUGGCCUGGCACUGGCUUGGCGCCGCCUCAGCCGGGACUCGGGGGGCUACUACCACCCGGCCCGCCUGGGUGCCGCGCUGUGGGGCCGCACUCGUCGCCUGUUCUGGGCCAGCCCGCCAGGCCGAUGGCUCCGGACCAGGGCUGAGCUGGAGUCGCCAGAUGAGGAGCCAGAGCGGCAGGAGGAUGAGCAGGACAUGGAAGAUGACUACGACCUGGGAGUUAGCCGGGAAGAGGCUGAAUCCCAGGAAGAGGAGCAGCGAUGCGGGGAGAGGCCCAGCCCACAGCAGGUCUCAGAGCCGGCUUUGGAGGCACAUGACGAUGAUGCCGAAGGGGGCCUGGGCCUGGCCUCCCAGGGGCCAGCAGGAUCAGGGGGCAGUGCCGAGGCCCUACUGAGUGACCUGCACGCCUUUGCUGGAAGCGCAGCCUGGGACGACAGCGAUAGGGCAGCUGGGGGCCAGGGUCUCCACGUCACCGCACUGUAGGAGCCAGCCCUGGUGCUGCAUCCCUGCCACUGUGCCUCUGCUUCCCAAGCUGCCAUGUCUGGACAUGGCCUACCCUGGACACAUUGUAACCCACACCCCCACUUGGAGAACCUCAGACUGUCAUGCCCCCCACUAGUUCUAUCCCCGAAUGUGUGUAUCCCUGGCCCCUCCAGGAAGGCCACCCAUCCCCAGGGGCACUGGGCAGCCAUCUGAAAUAAAACCUCUCCAGUCCCAUA